AACUUAAGCUAGAAAAUUAGAUUUUUUUGUCGUGGUUGUGGUUGCGUGUAUAGUAAUGUUGCAGAAAAAUUUACAAAUUUGUUGAAAACUCAACAAUUAAAAUGUGAAUAGAAAACGGGAGAGAAUUCUUGCCUACCUGUACAUAGUAUUAUUGAUGAGAAAUUGUUGUUAAAAAAAGACGUUCAACGAAAAAGAAGUAGCCAGCCUGUCAGCAGUCGCUCGCACUACACCCUCAAUCGAUUUUGAGGAAAAGUUUUUUUCUUGUUUUUCUUUUGUGUGUGAAAAGUUGGAAAAUUUCUCAUAUUUUGUGGUGGAAGAAAAACUAAUCUAAAAUGUCACUGCCGGGAAAUGGCAUAUUUGUGGUCCGUGGCGAAAUGUCCACAUUGAUGACGGCAAUGCGCAGGGGUUCCCGUUGGAAUGCCUCUGCAGCAUACGUGGAUGAGGAAAAAGAUGGGCUGAUGAAAUUGUUCAUGGACCUCAAACAGGUUCUAAAUCGUAUUGAGGAUUUGCGGCUAAUAGAUCCAAAUGUUUUCUUGGCACCAUUCUUGGAGGUUAUACGCACCGAGGAGACCACAGGAGCUGUCACCAGUUUGGCAUUGUCAGCCAUAAAUAAAUUUUUAUCCUACGGUUUGAUUGAUCCCACCUGUCCCAAUUUGGCUGUGACCAUAGAAAAUAUAGCUGAUGCAGUUACUCAUGCUCGUUUCAUGGGCACCGACCAAUCAUCGGAUGGUGUUACCCUGUUCCGUGUCGUGGAAGUUUUACACACAUUAAUGCGCAGUCCCGAGGGUUCCAUGCUCACCAAUGAAUCUGUGUGUGAAGUAAUGCUAAGCUGUUUUAAAAUAUGUUUCGAACCUCGCCUGAAUGAGUUGCUGCGCCGUUCUGCCGAACAGGCCUUGAAGGAUAUGGUGCUUUUGUUGUUCAUGCGCUUGCCACAGUUUGCCGAUGAUCGCACUGAAUCGGGUAUGCUGAAAAAGUUCCAAAUGAUGGCCGCUUCCAUGGAAAAUGAUAAGAAGCAACGUAAACGUUCAUCGAAAGUUGCGGCCAGCCAAGAGAACUUGGCACGCAGCCAAAGCUACAAGGGGUCAGAUUUAUCCAAAGUGGGUGCAGAUGAGCAAAGGAAAAUCUCUACACAAUCAGCCCCCGGUGAUGAGGUGCAACAGCAAAAUUCCACAACACCAGGGCAUUUGCAUCAAUUGAAAGCUCCUCCAUUGGCCACAACACCUGCCACACCAGCUGGUAACAUUGUAGAUUUGCAGGGUAAAAUAACCCAAACCCCUACAUCAGCUAUUACCAGCGAGACCAGUGGCCAGGGAGACACGGAGACAAAUGAAAGCAUUCCAACGACAACAACGAAUAGUGAGCAAAUUGCUCCCUCUAUAUCGGUGGAACCAGCCUCACCACCCACAAACACCAAUCAAGAUGAAAAUUCUGAAGCCAGACCACAAUCGCCUCUAUCCCAAGGAGGCAGUAGUGAAUAUAUUAACUCUGUGGGAGUGCGUUUUACCCAACAAAAUUCUGUAGAUGUUUCUGAAGGCAUGGCCCCUUUGGUCCCCUAUGGUUUGCCCUGUAUCCAAGAACUAUUUCGCUUCUUGAUAUUGCUGUGCAAUCCAUUGGACAAACAAAAUACCGACACCAUGAUGCACAUGGGUUUGAGUUUGCUUACCGUGGCAUUUGAAGUGGGAGCCGACAAUAUGCUCAAAUACGACUCAUUGCUGCAACUGGUCAAGGAUGAUUUAUGUCGUAAUCUCUUUGCGCUAAUGAAUUCUGAACGCUUGACCAUAUUUGCUGCCGAUUUGCAAGUCUGUUUCCUAAUGUUUGAAUCAAUGAGGGGUCAUUUGAAAUUCCAACUGGAAAGCUACCUCAGAAAGUUGUCGGAAAUUAUUGCCAGCGAUAAUCCAAAGACCCCAUAUGAAAUGCGUGAACUGGCUUUGGACAAUUUGUUACAGUUGUGGCGUAUUCCAAACUUUGUCACCGAGCUUUAUAUCAACUACGACUGUGAUCUGUAUUGCAGUGAUUUGUUUGAAAGUCUAACAAAUCUGUUGUCGAAAUAUACCUUAUCGGCCACAAAUGCCAUUUAUAAUACCCACAUAUUGGCAAUGGACACCCUGAUAUCGGUGGUGGAUAACAUAGAAAGUAAUUGUGUGGCGGCCAAAAAUGGUUGUGGCACCCAGGGUGAUAAUACGACAGCUGGAGUUGUAUCACAGCCAUCUUCCUCGCUACGUCAUUCACGACAAAAUUCCGGCUUAGAGGGUAUAGUCAUUGAUGAUCCCAAGACCACGGAGGAUAGUGUUGUGGAAAAUAUAUCCAAAUUUAUAAACACCUCAUCACGUUUACGCUCUCUGUCCGGUGAUACUGCUGCCAAAAAGGCCAUAACUGGCGAGUAUUUGAAGGAAGUAAAACACAAAAAACGAGUCUUGAGCCAGGGAACUGAAUUGUUUAAUCAACGACCCGAUAAGGGUAUACAAUUUCUACAAGAAAAUGGUAUUUUAAAUCCCGAACUCGAUCCCAGGGAAAUUGCCUCCUUUUUGCGUGAAAAUCCCGGUUUGGAUAAGAAAAUGAUUGGCGAAUAUAUUUCGAAAAAGAAAAACGUCGACUCGAAGAUUCUAAUGAAUUUUGUAGAGUCGUUUGAUUUUAGAGGGUUGCGUGUGGACCAGGCUUUACGUUUGUAUUUGGAAACAUUCCGUUUGCCUGGAGAGGCUCCAUUGAUAUUUUUGGUGCUCGAACAUUUCUCCGAACAUUGGCAUAAACAAAAUGGCGAGCCUUUUGCCAAUACUGAUGCAGCGUUUAGUUUGGCAUAUUCCAUUAUUAUGUUAAAUAUGGAUCAGCACAAUGCCAAUGCGAAGCGUUUAAAUAUUCCCAUGACCCAAGAGGAUUUCCUUAAGAAUUUGAGGGGUUUAAAUGGUGGCAUAGACUAUGAUCAGGAUUUGCUGGCAACCAUUUAUAAUGCCAUUAAGAACGAUGAAAUUAUCAUGCCUGCUGAACAAACUGGUUUGGUUCGCGAAAACUAUUUGUGGAAGGUAUUGUUGCGGCGUGGAGCCACAUCGGAUGGUCUCUUCACCUAUGUCCAUGACUCCACAUACGACAUGGAUAUUUUCAAUGUCAUUUGGGGACCAUCACUUAGCUCCCUGAGUUUUAUGUUUGAUAAGAGCAGUGAGAAUGGCUAUCAAAGAACAUUGACUGGCUUUACCAAAUGUGCUGCCAUAUCGGCAUUCUAUGGCCUACAUGAGGACUUUGAUGCCUUGAUUUUAACGCUGUGCAAAUUUACCAGCAUCUUGAGUUCGGCCCAAUUGGAAACCACACAUCCAGCUCCCAAUGAAAUUGUUCAAGCUGUCAACUUUGGUCUCAAUCCCAAGGGGCAAGCUGCCAUGCGCACAGUCUUCGCUUUGGUCCAUGACUAUGGUGAUUGUUUGAGAGAUGGUUGGCGUCAUAUUCUCGACUUGUAUCUGCAACUAUUCCGUUUGAAAUUAUUGCCCAAAUCCCUGAUGGAGGUCGAAGAUUUCUGUGAACCUUCGGGCAAGGCCCAACUGAUAUUGGAGAAACCCAGCCAGAAACAAGAGUCGGGUAUAUUUUCCAGUCUGUAUUCAUAUCUUUCGUCCGAGGGACAACGUGAACCUUCCUACGAGGAACAGGAAUUCAUAAAGAUUGGUAAAAAGUGCAUCAAAGAAUGCCAGCUGGAUCAAAUGAUCCAGGAAUCGAAGUUUGUGCAAUUGGAGUCACUGCAGGAAUUGCUGAAACAAGUUUUGGGCUCUCUCAAGGCACCCAGUGCCCAUAAAUCUAUUGGCAUGCCAUAUGCAGAGGAUGUGGUUGUCUUCUGGAUGGAGUUUCUCGUGAAGAUUGUCAUCUACAAUCGGGAUCGUAUGAUUCCCCUAUGGCCUGCUGUUCGUGAUCAAAUGUACCUGUUGUUGAUGGGAAGUUCAUCAUGUGGCUAUGAUUAUCUUCUCAAUCGAUGUAUUGUGGCCAUGCUCAAAUUGGCCAUAUAUCUAAUGCGCAACGAAGAGCUGUGUCCAGUUGUUUUGAAAUCCUUGAAAAUGUUGCUAAUGCUAAAGCCAGCUGUAAUCUUGAGAAUAUCCAAACAGAUUUCCAUAGGAAUGUAUGAAUUGUUAAAAACAUCGGCCCAGAAUAUCCACUCGGAACAGGAUUGGCAGAUUGUCUUUACGAUUUUGGAAUGUGUGGGUGCUGGUGCUGAACCUCCAGAAUACGAUGAUGCCUCGCUGCCAGUGCCAAAUGGUUUGGCUGCCAAAUCGGAUGGGGCUUUGAGUAGUGAAGAGGAUUCAGGUUUGCCUGAUCGUGGUUAUACCUCGGAUUCGGAAUUGAGCAGUAAGCAACAGGUGGCUAGUAAUAAGCAACAAAUACCCAUGGCUCAAAAUUCGAAUGCUAGCAGUCCUUUCCCCUCCAGUCCCACCGCAGAAAAUUGGAUAUUGGUGAACAAGGAUACAGAUUUGGCAGCUUCAAGGCCGCAAUCUCCGCCAGAAUCCAUUGGUGCUCCCACUCUCUCAAAUCUGGUUUACAACUGCAAGCUGUUGGACCACAUGCCUUUUGCUUUGUUCAAAUGUUGGGAUUCAUUGGCAUUUAUUGUUCGCAAUGUAGCCCACAUUACCCCCUAUAAUUUUGAGAGUUGUGUCCGUUGUAUACGCACAUUUGUGGAAGCAUGCCGGGAUGGUGGCAUACGCCAGCGUCGCAAAAUGGAAGCGGCUCUGGCUGCAGCUGCAUCAAAUCAAAAAAAGAAGGGCAGCGCCAAACGUCAAGAUCGUUCCAAUGAUCGUAACAAACAUGACGAAGACAGUGGUGCGGCUGGAGAAGAUGGCGAUGAAGCCGAUUUGGCCCAACGCUAUGAGACAUUGUCCAUACAAUUGUUGGAUCUUAUGUAUACUCUUUAUACAAGAACUGCCCAGAUAUUCCGUUGGUGGGCCGAGGAGGGCUGUGCUGUACCACAGUGUUCGGCAUUGUGGGCCCAAGGUUGGUGUCCUCUGUUGCAGGGAAUUGCUCGCCUGGCCAUGGAUCGACGACGUGAAGUACGUACCUAUGCCAUAUCAUGCCUGCAACAAAGAGCACUAUUGGUGCAUGAUCUUCAAACACUAUCCGGCACAGAGUGGGCUUCGUGCUUCCAACAGGUUCUAUUUCCAUUACUCAAUGAAUUACUGCCUGACAGUGCUGCCGUAGCUCAAUUGGAUCAGGUGCUCCUAGAGGAGUCUAGAAUACGUACGGCCACCAUUAUGUCAAAGGUAUUUCUACAUCAUCUCACACCAUUAAUUGAGUUGGGCAGUGCCUUCAACGAUCUGUGGAUACAAAUUUUGGACUAUAUUGAGAAGUUUAUGAAGGUCGGUUCGGAUAUGCUCUCCGAACAAAUGCAAGAGAUUCUCAAGAACAUGCUUUUGGUAAUGCAUUCAGUACGAGUUUUUCACAACAAUGAUGGUACGAUACGCAUGGAUUUGUGGGAGUUGACAUGGAAGCGAAUCGGAGAAUUCUUGCCCAAUCUCAAAGAUGAGUUAUUCCGAGAUGAAGGUAAUCGGGCCCAUGUCAUGAAGCAACCCAAUCACCAAGCAGCAGUGGUAUCACCACCAUUGACUUCAGUGUCUCCGCCAGCGGUAGCAAUAUUGCCACAAUCAACUGCAGCACCAUCUCCAAUGGCUACUACAAGUCAGGCAACAACACAUUUUGUACCAUCACCGGUUUCAUUGAUAUCGCCCGUUGAAUCACCGCGACAUAGUAUAAUUCUGCAACCACCCGUGGCCGAUUCUCUGCAGCAGCAACCACUUUUCUAUGGUCAGUUCCCUGUUAACAAUAUGCCGUUUAUUGUGCCUCAGCAACAACAGCCUGUGGCUCAGCCUCCCGCUGCAAACAAUGAACAACCAACCACAGUGUCAUCUCCCAUUUUGGUUAAUGCCAACAAUCUGCAAGGUGUUCAACUGGUGUCCAUGAAUUCCCCUACAAAUGAAACUUCAUCCGCACCUCAGCCAUCAGUGGUGCAAUCUACGCAACAAACAAAUCAUAGUGGGCCAGCCAACCCUAUUACAACUGUCGUCACAGAACAUAAUACAACGGCAAAUGUUCAGACUGCCCCUCAGUUUAACACCACUGUUCCUAACAUGUUUCCCCAUACACCAACAACAUCUAGGCCAGUCAUGUCCUCAACACUGAUAAAUCCCAAUCCAGUGCCGAUAGAUAGUAAUUCAUUUUCCAUCGAUCUGUAUGAUGCCACACCGGAUGCUUAUGAAAGUCAGGUGCCAAACACCACCAAUGUCCCCGAAGAAAAGCCAGAAGAAACACACCUCAGACAUGUGCUGCAAGAGCAAUACAAUCUCUACUACAAACAAUACAAACAGAAUCAGGAAUGGCAGAAACAUAAUGAAAGCCUUGAUGCUAGCCAACAGCAACAUGGACAUGGACAACAGGCUAAUAACACCAGUCUCUUAAACACCUCAGUGUUUAGUGGCGAUGAAGUGAGUACCAUUGCUGAAAUAAAGGAGGAGUUUAAGGCGGCUGCAGAUGAACCCAGCAAUGCUGCACCUAAAGUUCCAAUCAGCCAUCUAUUGGCUGGUAAUGAAUAUCCCUCAUUGCAGAAGCAACCCACACCUGCCAUUGUUCAAAGUUUCACUCCGGUAAGUUUUCAACAAACGGCCACAACUAGUCAGCAACAGACUGGUGGUGAUAUCUAUCAGGAAUAUGUUCAGAAUCCCUAUAAUCUGACACUGCAACAGUCCCAGAUGCCAGCAGCUGUGCCGCUGGUCAGUGUGGAACAACAUCAAAUGAAUUUAAUGCGUUUAGAGAUGCAAUAUACAAUGGGAUGUAAUACAGAUCCAAAUUUGCGUGUCUUUGGACAACCCUAAAAUCCUCAAAACUUCAUGGAUUUCCAGAAAUUAUCAUUAUAGCUUUGUAAGUGAUAUAUAGCAAAGAAGAAGAAGAAGAGGGAGAAAUAAUAGAGGGCCUGGUGAAAGAGAUUUUUUAUCCCCUUGACAAAAGAAUUCGGACAGCGGCUGUCCUGGAAAAGAAAACCUUUGUUGAGGGUGAAAUAUUGGUGGAUUUGUAAUGUAUGAUGCAUUCCACCUGUUAGUUUGUUUGUACGUUUUUAAAUUUGUUUAGCUAAAUUAAGUUUAAUUCAAAUGAUUAUGUAUGUCACUGCUACUGUGCUGUUGCAACACUGUUUAAAAUGGAUCAGCAUGGAGGGCAUUUAUCAUUAAAUCAAAUUAAUAUAAUUAUAAUAAUAAUAAUCAUAAUUAGAAAACAAAUGUUGUUUAUCAUCUAACAUAUAAUUUAUAUACAAUGGAAAGAAUUGUGAAAUUUAAAUGAAAAUGAAAAUCUAUGUCAAUCUGUAAAUGUACAUAGCGUAAUUGAUAUAAAACUAAAUAAAUAAAUAUCUAUCAAAAAUA